AUGCCAGGCAUAGGCUUACCAUGUGCUACCCAUUUUUCUUCCCCGGGAUCCCUGGGUGGCUCAUCUGUACCCACGAGUACAACUAAUACUGUCUCUUCAUGCAACUCUGCAGUUUCCUCUCCAAUUCUUUCCCCUCCUGGACCUCCGUCGUCCUUAUUCCUUAAUUAUGGUGGUCUGCCGUCUGCCCAACACAUUCAGACUGGUUUCACAUUUACAUCUCCGACACAGUCAUAUUCUUUGAUGGGGUCACCACCUGUCUCCAUAAUGCAUGGAGGUCUUUCUCCACACAGCCAACACCUUAAUCUUCAUUACCAUCACCAUUUAGGAGCAAAUCCCUAUCUACAAACUUCAGCGGCAACCACACCCAGCACAGCUCCUGGGGUCGGAGUGACUUGGCAACAUACAGUACCAUCUUCUAUGCCAUGGGUACAAACAAACUCGAUUACACCUAAUCCAGUCUGUUUCAGUGAUGUUAUGUCUUCUUCAUCUAUUAUCACCGGAACAGAUCCUAAGCCAUCCUGCAGUUGUUCUCCACGAAGACCUAAAAGAAGGGGAACUGACAUGUAUGAAGAGGCUGAUAUGUUUCAGAUGCCCCCAAACAAGGUCUGCCUUUCAGAAGAAAAGGUUGCUCAGCAAUUACAGGAACUUUCUAUAGACCCAAAUGCCUGCCUGUCCAGAAACAAAUCUUGUGGAAUUUCUAGUGAAGACAAAGAUAGACAUGUGCCAUAUAAACAUCCAGGAAACUGGAGAGGAAUUAAUUCAGAAGCUGAAAGUAUGACUUCUAAUGAAAAGACUUCAAAAUUGUCCAGUAUGAGAAAUGAUGGUCAGUCUUUCAAAAAUGUACUUCCACGAAAACUUCUUCAAGAAAUGUGA